UCACGCCACGUGCUCGUUGGAGGGCGGCGCCAGGGGCCGCGCCGGGAAGAUGUUCUUCUUGCUGCCCCUUCCGGCUACCGGGCGAGUCGCCGUCUGGCGUCUGGGAGUGAAACGUUUCUUCAGCCAGAGUCGCGCCGCCGCAGACAUGACCAAGGGCCUUGUUUUAGGAGUCUAUAACAAAGGAAAAGAAGAAGAUGUGCCACAGUUUACAAGUGCAGGAGAGAAAUUUGAUAAAUUGGUGUCUGGAAAGCUGAGAGAACUUUUGACCAUAUCUGGACCACCCCUGAAGGCAGGCAAAACCCGAACUUUUCACGGUCUGCAUCAGGAUUUCCCCAGUGUGGUGUUAGUUGGCCUCGGCAACAAGGGAGCUGGAAUCGACGACCAGGAAAACUGGCAUGAAGGCAAGGAGAACAUCAGAGCUGCGGUUGCAGCGGGAUGCAGGCAGGUCCAGGAGCUGGAGCUCUCUUCCGUGGAGGUGGAUCCUUGUGGAGAUGCCCAGGCUGCUGCAGAAGGAGCAGUUCUCGGUCUCUUUGAAUAUGAUGACCUAAAGCACAAAAAGAAGACAGUCGUAUUGGCGAAGCUGCAUGGAAGUGGGGACCAGGAGGCCUGGCAGAAAGGCAUCCUCUUUGCUUCUGGGCAGAACUUGGCACGCCACCUGAUGGAGACUCCAGCCAAUGAGAUGACGCCAACCAUAUUUGCCCAAAUUAUUGAGGAGAAUCUCAAAACGGCUAGUAGUAAAACACAGGUCCACAUCAGACCCAAGUGUUGGAUUGAGGAACAGGAGAUGGGGUCAUUCCUGAGUGUGGCCAAAGGAUCUGAGGAGCCUCCAGUCUUCCUGGAAAUCCACUACAAAGGCAGCCCUGAUGCAAGUGAACCGCCACUGGUGUUUGUUGGGAAGGGAAUUACCUUUGACAGUGGUGGUAUCUCCAUUAAGGCUUCUGCAAAUAUGGAUCUCAUGCGGGCUGACAUGGGGGGAGCUGCGACUAUCUGCUCAGCCAUCGUGUCUGCUGCAAAGCUCAAUUUGCCUAUUAAUGUCAUAGGUUUGGCUCCUCUCUGUGAAAAUAUGCCCAGCGGUAAGGCCAAUAAGCCAGGAGAUGUGGUUAGAGCCAAGAACGGGAAGACCAUACAGGUUGAUAACACUGACGCCGAGGGGCGGCUCAUCCUGGCCGACGCGCUCUGCUACGCGCACACCUUCAAUCCCGAGGUCAUCAUCAAUGCCGCCACACUGACUGGGGCCAUGGAUAUCGCUUUGGGUUCAGGAGCCACUGGCGUCUUUACCAAUUCAUCCUGGCUGUGGACCCGGCUGUUUGAGGCCAGCGUUGAAACGGGGGAUCGUGUCUGGAGGAUGCCUCUCUUUGAACAUUAUACGAAACAGGUUGUAGAUUGUCAACUUGCUGAUGUUAAUAACAUUGGAAAAUACAGGUCUGCAGGAGCUUGCACAGCGGCAGCUUUCCUGAAGGAGUUCGUGACUCAUCCUAAGUGGGCUCACUUAGACAUCGCAGGUGUCAUGACCAACAAAGAUGAGGUCCCGUAUCUGCGGAAGGGCAUGACCGGGAGGCCCACAAGGACGCUCAUCGAGUUCCUGCUUAGGUUCAGCCAAGACAAGGCCAGGGCCUAGGUCAGACCUUCAGAAUGUCUUCACUCUGUUUUGAAUUGAACAGUUGAGCUUCAAAAUAUUUUUGAAUGAAUGAAUGAAAAUCUUUUUAAGGAAACAAAGGAUGGUAUUUAAAAAUGCUGAACAAAAGGAAAUUCAUAUGCCUUGAUUCUUUUAUUUCACUUUAUGCAAAGAUUUAUAAAGAUAACGCAAAUACCUUGCUUGGAAUGGGUUUUAAAGAUUUUCCAUAAAUAGUCAAUUUUCAAAAAUACUACCUGAUCACUUUUCAGGGUAUAUGGUUAAAUUGAGAAGCAAAACUGUAUUUUCAGAUUUAUGAUACUAGGAACAUGAACAAACUAAAUGUUUCUAUGCAAUUGUCAUAAACAAUAAAUCCAACUUACUGCA